CGCCGGCCCGCGAUCCAUCUCCAUCUCCAUCUGCAUCUCCAUCCGCAUCGACGCUGGGACUCGCAGCCCAUCCUGAUCAAGCUCUCGUCUUUUCCUCUUUGUCAACCCUCCCGUCGCCAUGGCUGCUCGAGACACCCUCCAGGCCCUCGCAUUCCAGCGCAGCUCCGUCGCCGACAUCAGCCUGCUGCCCUCGAUCCCCGACCAAGCCAUCGCCACAUACGACCCGCUUGAAGUCUUGGCCUCGGCCCAGGCCCUGCUCAAGUCCGGCUCGGGCCUCUCCGAGGCCGAGCGGCUCAACCUGCACGAGCAGAUCUGCAUCGCCGCCCUCGAUUCGGGCAAUCUGGCCCUUGCCGAGACCCACCGAGACAUCAUCUUCAGGAAAUUCGACCCAAAGACCUCCAUUCGCGCGCAAAAGCUCUCUGCCUACAUCUACGAGUCUACCGGCAACUUUGAGCAGGCCCUCAAGACCUACGAGGCCAUCCUGGAGGCCGACGAGACCUAUGUCGCCGCACACAAGCGUAUCGCUGCCCUGGCCAAGGCUCAGAAUCAGAACCAAAACGCCAUCAAGAGCCUGAUUCAGUACCUCGACACCUUCUCGGCCGACGUCGAGGCCUGGGUCGAGCUGGCGGCGCUCUACACCGUCGAGGGCAUGUUCCAGCAGGCCGGGUUUUGCUACGAGGAGCUGAUCGUUCUCCGCCCCGACAACAUCAUGUUCCAUCUGCGAUAUGCCGAUGUGCUCUACACCCUGCAGCGAUACGACGUCUCGCUCAAGUACUACUGUGCGGCCCUGGAGCUGUGCCGAGACACCGUACGUGCCCUCUAUGGCAUCCGCCUAGCCAGCGAUCAGAUCCUGGCCUCGAACAAGUCGCCCGAGCCCAAGAUCCGCGCGCUCAACCAGCUUGCCAAGGAACGCCUGGCAGCCCUGUAUCAGGACCGAGCCAAAUCGACUCCCAAGGUGGUGUCUGUUGUCAAGUCAUGGCUGGCGCAGGAAUAGCCUAGGGUUUCGAGGGCAGACCCACGGGGCUCUUGCAGCAGCCCGAGCCUGAUCGAAAUCAACGCACAUCGUCUGUGUGGUGUCCACCUGUUUCAUCUGCAUCCCAGAUCCUGUCUUUUGUGCUCUGCCAUUCUGCAUGCUGACUCGGCGAGCGUUUUUUUGAAGCCGAAUGUACUCUGGGUGUGGACUUUCAAUACGGACUCGGUUGCUCAAAACAGACUCACUCGCUCCAUUCCCAGUCACCUCCAUGAGAUGGCUGUGUGUGAUGUGCAAUGGCACCAUGCCGCAAUGGCAUAAUGGCACAAUAACGCAUCGAUCUGCGAUGCUGGUCCUUGCGCUCAACACGCCGUACAGCGUGAUGAAGAAAAAAUGAGACACAUCGUCUCAUUCGGACAAACACGGCGUAGUCGG